UCUGAGUCUGUGACAGUCGGCGAGAAGCAAUUAAAGAGAACACAGUGUGCCAAGGAGGCGUUUUGUAUUUUGUGUGUUUUUCACCGGUUUGUUCUGCUGCUUAGGAGGGAGCGAUGAAAAAGUUUUUCCUCUGCGUUGUCGGGCUUCUUUUGGUCGCCGGCUUCGCCCGGGCCGAGGAUCCCGCUGAUGAUGUUGGAACCGUCGAAAAUGACCUCGGAUCAAGUCGGGAGGGAUCGAGAACAGAUGAUGAAGUUGUGCAAAGAGAAGAGGAAGCGAUUAAACUUGAUACGUUGAAUGUUGCACAACUUAAGGAGCUUCGAGACAAAGCGGAGAAGUUUACAUUCCAAACUGAAGUAAAUCGUAUGAUGAAACUGAUCAUUAAUUCGCUUUACCGCAACAAAGAAAUCUUCCUUAGAGAAUUGAUAUCCAAUGCAUCUGAUGCUUUGGACAAAAUAAGAUUGCUCUCAUUGACAGACAAGAAUGUAUUAGAAACUAACAAUGAAUUGACCAUAAGGAUCAAGGCUGACAAAGAGAACAAGAUACUUAGCAUCACAGACACGGGCAUCGGUAUGACCAAGAACGACCUGAUCAACAAUCUUGGAACUAUCGCUAAGUCUGGGACUGCAGAGUUUUUGGGAAAACUACAGGACACUGCUAACGCACAAGACAUGAACGAUAUGAUCGGCCAAUUUGGAGUUGGAUUUUACUCCUCAUUUUUAGUAGCUGACAGAGUCGUAGUUACAUCUAAACACAAUGACGAUAAGCAAUGGAUCUGGGAAUCUGACAGCACCAGCUAUAGCAUUGGUGAAGAUCCACGAGGUGAUACCCUCAAGCGAGGAUCGACAAUUAGCCUGCAUUUGAAGGACGAAGCUGCAGACUUUUUGGAACCUGAUACACUGAAGAACUUAGUGAAAAAAUACUCUCAAUUCAUUAACUUCCCUAUCUACCUGUGGGCCAGUAAGACUAUGAAGGUUGAAGAACCCCUUGAUGAGGACGAAAUUACGAAAGACGAGGAGACUGAAAAAGAUGAUAAGACCGAAUCUGAGGAGGAUGAUGCUAAGGUCGAGGAAGCAUCCGAGGAUGAUAAGCCAAAAACUAAAACCGUUGAAAAAACUAUCUGGGACUGGGAAAUCCUGAACGAUUCCAAACCUAUCUGGACACGAAAACCAAGCGAGGUUGAGGACAGCGAAUACAACGAAUUUUACAAGGCACUUACAAAAGAUACCAGCAAUCCUUUGGCCAAAACCCACUUUGUUGCUGAGGGUGAAGUUACGUUUAAAUCUCUGUUGUUUAUUCCUAAGGUACAGCCUGGCGAUAGCUUUAAUAAGUAUGGCACCAAGGGAGAUAAUAUUAAACUGUUUGUCAGGCGUGUGUUUAUUACGGACGAAUUUAAUGACAUGAUGCCAAAUUAUUUAUCAUUCAUACGAGGUAUUGUAGACAGUGAUGAUCUGCCACUUAACGUCUCGCGUGAGACCCUGCAGCAGCACAAAUUGAUCAAAGUUAUAAAGAAGAAACUGAUCAGGAAAGUAUUGGAUAUGAUAAAGAAGAUCCCCAAGGAAGACUACGACAAGUUCUGGAAAGAAUACAGUACAAACAUGAAACUGGGGGUCAUCGAAGAUGCCAGCAAUCGUGCCAGACUAUCCAAACUCCUCCACUUCCAGUCCUCCAACCAAAAAGGAACGACGUCUCUAGGAGAUUACGUAUCCCGCAUGAAGGAGCAGCAACAGCACAUAUACUACAUUGCUGGAUCAUCGCGUGGCGAAGUAGAGAAGUCUCCGUUUGUUGAGCGACUUUUAAAGAAGGGCUACGAGGUUUUGUACCUAACUGAAGCCGUUGACGAGUACGCCAUUUCCUCACUUCCAGAGUUCGACGGUAAGAAGUUCCAGAACGUUGCUAAGGAGGGAUUCACCCUUGACGAAGGAAACAAGGCCAAGGAGCGCCUUGAGGAGUACAAAACCACCUUUGAACCCCUCACCAAAUGGCUGAACGACGAGGCACUCAAGGAUCAGAUCAGCAAGGCACAGGUUUCCGAACGUCUGACAGACUCGCCGUGUGCGUUGGUAGCGAGCAUGUUUGGAUGGACUGGAAACAUGGAGAGAUUAGCGAUAUCAAAUGCCCAUCAGAAGGCGGACGACCCACAAAAAUCGUACUACUUGAAUCAGAAGAAAACUUUGGAAAUAAAUCCAAGACAUCCACUGAUCCGCGAGCUGUUACGCAGAGUUGAGGAAGAUCCAAGUGAUCCAGCGGCAAAGGAUAUUGCUGUUAUGAUGUUCAGAACUGCGACUUUGCGAUCCGGCUACAUGUUAAAGGAGACUUCGGACUUCGCGUUGAGUGUUGAACAGCUAAUGAGAAAGACUCUGGGAAUUCCACUGUCCGAGACAGCAGAAGAAGAAGAAGAUGGUGAGGAGGAUUCCACUUUUGAGACUGAAAAGGCGUCAGAACUUGACGCUGAUGAAGAAAAGGAGGACGAAGAGCACGACGAACUGUAAAGAAAUUUCUUAGCUUUAAGAUAUUAAAAGGAAAGACAUUCAAAUCUUCGAAGUAAGCUAUACAAUGUAUAGCAGCUUCAAAUAAAUAACAUAACGUUACAAUUUUUACAUGCAAAAGAGUCAAAAAUUGUGCAGCAGGAUUUAAUUUGAACUUUGUUUUUUUUUGCCCGUUGAUUUGUUCAUUUUUUAUUCGCAAAAGAUGUGUAGCUGGAUUAUUAUUAGCAAUCAAGGUCGACGGAGAAAAUGUGAGACUUGAUAUUCCGUACAGUGACAAGCUGCAUACGUGAUACAUAGCAUCGCAAUUGUUUAUAGUUGCCUGUCAUGCUCGAUUAUAACAGAAUAUCAAGGUAGGAUCGUUAUAACAUAUUCAUUGGUAAAUUUUUCAUACCAGUUGUUGAAACGCAAUGCAUUUAAUUUAUUUUUGUUCUUCCAUCACCAUACUUCGUGUGUAGUAAUCGCGCAAAUAUCAAUUGCGUGUCGUAUAGAUCCUGUGUAUGCUUGUGAGAAUGUGUGAGUGUAAUUUGUACAAAAAAUAAAUAAAAACAUUAUUCAAUUUAA